GAUACUUGAGGGAGCUCGCGCUACAGUACAGCGUAGAGUACAGACGAGGGAGAACUGUACAGUUCAGGGUAGUUUAUAUGAGAGUGUUUUAUGUGUGUUAUGAGCAUGUCUCUGUAUGUUUGUGUGCUCACUUCGUCUUGAAGGGUCUCCAGCAAAUAGAAUUAAAGGAUUUGUUUCGAUAAACCUUCAGAGGAGUUGCAAUGCCUGUGCCUACAGAGUGCCACCUUCCCUUUUGACUCAGGAGAGAGAGCUGUCAACACUGAGCACAUCAGAAAACCUGAGAUCUGAUGCUUCCCGCCAUCACCAUGGAAACGGAGGCCAGUCACAUGUUGGAAGCGGCACUGGAGCAGAUGGAUGACAUCAUCGCAGGUUCGAAAGCAGCAGCUAUGGAGUUUUCUAACAGCAUGUAUGACCUAGGUUCUCCCAUAAGCGCUGGUCCACUGCAGGUCCUUCAGUUAGCUGAGGACCUCAAACUUGCCUUGGACCUCCAACCCAACCAGAAGGAGAGAGACAGCCUUAGAGCACAGUUACAUACAGAAACAGCAAAGGCUCUUGUAGACUGGCUACAGACUGGAAUUGUGAACCUGUGUUCUUCAGCCAACAAUGAAACCUACCAAGAGCGACUGCUCCGCCUAGAGGGAGACAAGGAGUCUCUGGUGUUACAGGUGAGCGUUCUGACUGACCAGGUGGAGGACCAGGGAGAGAAAAUCAGAGAUCUAGAAAGUUCUCUGGAGGAACACCGGCAGAAACUGACCUCCACUGAGGAGAUGCUGCAGCAGGAGCUGAUAAGCAGGACCUGUCUGGAGACUCAAAAGCUGGAUCUGAUGGACGAGGUGUCCUACCUCAAACUAAAGCUGGUUAGCAUGGAGGAGAAACACACCAACACACACCCACAAGAUCCUAUGGACACAAAGCAGAACAAAGCUGAGCGUGUGGUAAAUCUCAUCAGUGAGCUCCAGGAGCAGAUGUGCAGGUUUCAGGCAGAGAUCAGCACUCGCAUCCAGGAGAAACGGGCCCUGGAGGAGAGGGAAGCCCAGCAGAGGGAGCCCAGAGGCAGCCAAGCCCAGGGCCACAGUCCUCAGCUCGAGUUAGCUGGCUCAGACCUUAGCCUUACUGGCUCUGACACCUGGAUGCACAGUGGAGGACAGACUGUACACGAUUUGUUACAAGAAGUAAAGCAACUGAAAAGCAAAGUGGAGGAGCUGGAAGGAGAGAAGAGCCAAUAUGAGAAAAAACUAAGAGCAACCAAGGCAGAAAUCUCAGAGCUGCAGCAGCUCCUGGCUUCCAAAGACGCUGAAAUACAGUGCCUGCAGACCCAGCUGCUGGCCAGAAAUGGCACAGCCAAUGACAAUGCAGAGAGAGUAAAUGAACAGGAAUACAAGAGAUUAAAGGUGGGGAUGGAGUCUCUGUUAGCUUCAAAUGAAGAAAAGGAUCGUCGUAUAGAGGAGUUGACCAUUCUGCUUGGCCAACACAGAAAGAUGAGGGAGGUCAUGGCACUAACACAGGGGAGCAGUGAAGAGGAGCUGAGUGGCAGUUUAAAACUCAGAACCAUCCCAUAUAAAGCACACUCUGAUAUCCUUAGGUCAGAGAUAUCAUCAAGAGGCUCUUCUCCACUUAUGUUAUCUUCAUCCCCUUACCAGAGAGAAUUGGACCUAAGUAUCCUGAAUUCCAUGGACACAUCGCUGUUGUCCACUGGAGAUACAAGUUUCUUUAAUGGAUCAUGGCAUCAGUGCAGGUUGCUGUCCAGCAGUCUUGAAGAGUUACAGAGUCGAUCCUUAAAAAAGGCUGUAGAGAUCCAGCCAGCGGAAAGUGAAUCAGAUGUAGGGGCAGAGAAUCCCCAAACGGAGCUGAGCAAGUACCAGACUCUUCCGGGGAAACUGAGUAAAAAAAGCGAGCUCAGGGUUGAGCUAAAUAAAGAAGGAGAGUAUUUUUCUCCUGUUGACAGCCACAACCAGGGCAACAGACUGAUUCGCUGCAGGAGUGCCAGUGCUCCAGCUUUAGGAUCUCCUGGAAAACAUGAUCUCUAUGAUGUUGGAUAUCCAGAGAAGCUGGAGGAGUGCAUCCUUUCAGACCAGUCCCCUCUGUCCUCUGGAGUGGACUCUGGACAACAGUCCACUAUCUCACCAGAGAACAGGAAGAGUCCCAGAGGCAUUAAGAAACUCUGGGGGAGGAUCCGUCGCAGUCAGUCAGGUAGUCCCGUCCAGGAUCACGACUCAGGGCUGGGAGAGUUCAAGAGGGGAGGCUUCAGAGCAUCAGCUGGACCACGACUGGCCCGUCCAAGGAGCACACGAGACCUGAAGAUGCCUUUUUCCAAAUGGAGCACAGAGCAGGUGUGUGACUGGCUUGAGGACAUUGGACUCGGUCUGUACAGUAUCCUUGCUUGCCACUGGGUCACCAGCGGCCAGACUCUACUGUCAGCCACCCCACAGGACUUAGAGAAGGAGAUGGCAAUGAAGAAUCCACUCCAUAGGAAGAAGCUCCAGUUAGCCAUCAAGACAUUCAGCAGCAAGCAGCCUGAGAAGUCUGCAGAGCUCGAUUUCGUCUGGGUAACUCGUUGGCUCGACGACAUUGGCCUUCCUCAGUACAAAGAUCAGUUUAAUGAAGGAAGAUUGGAUGGACAGAUGCUGCAGUACCUCACUGUGAAUGACCUAUUAUUUCUUAAAGUGACGAGCCAGCUCCAUCACCUCAGCAUCAAGUGCGCCAUUCAUGUUCUCCAUGUCAACAGGUUUAACCCUAACUGCCUCAAACGCAGGCCCAACAAUGAGAGCCAGUUCACUCCCAGUGAGGUGGUCCAGUGGUCCAACCACCGAGUUAUGGAGUGGCUGAGAUCUGUGGACCUGGCAGAGUACGCACCAAACCUGAGGGGCAGCGGCGUGCAUGGAGGGCUGAUAAUGCUGGAGCCUCGGUUUAACUCAAACACGCUGGCCAUGCUGCUGAACAUCCCUCCUCAGAAAACACUGCUGAGACGCCACCUAACCACCAAUUUCAACAGUCUUGUCGGAGCACAAGCACAGCAGGAGAAGAGGGAGUACACCGAGGUGGCUGGCUACACCCCACUCAGCAUCACCGCUAAAGUUAAGCCAAAGAAGUUGGGCUUCUCUAACUUGACUCACCUCAGGAGAAGACGACUGGAUGAAUCCACAGACUACAUCUGUCCUAUUGAGUCGUCCUUCCCUCAGUCAGGACAUUCAGUGGUGAAUGGGGUACAGAUACAUCCCUACACCACCUUCAGAGCCCUGAGCCCCAUCCUGGACAGAGAGCUCAACUGCUCUAGGGACCAGAUGGUGAUCCCAGAGGGUACCAUGAUGCAAAUAGAAGCUCUGUCUGAAAGCACCAACCACCUCACAUACCUGCUCAGCCGGGAGGAGCUACAGAAGGAACUGAGGCAGUCUCAGACGGCGCUAGUUUGAAGGACAAUGACCCGAUGCUGUUGGCUCUCUAAUGCUGUCAAUCAACCACAGAGACACCUGUAGCAGCCCAUCUCACACCUGUACCGUACCUCAAGCCCCGGCCUAACACAGCUGGUUACAUCUACUAGCCACUGAUACCUCAUUAACACCUACAGUCAUUCUGCAGUCACACUGUAACUACAAAUGGACCUUGAAACAACAGUCAAAAGUCAAAUUUUUUGUUUUCUACAAUGAUGAACUGAACAGUUACUCAUAAGCCAUGGGGCAUUUCUUACUGCAUUACCUGUUUCCCUAUGCAAUAUAACCUUUAAUGAUCAUAUUGACCACUGUGUACUUUACAUACUGUGUACUGUGCUGAUAUUUCAAAAUGGACAACAGGGUCAGAUGAGCCAUCCCUUGUUUCAUGGCAAACAUGCUAAGUGUAAUUCCUUUGUAUGGAAUUUUUAGUGCACAAAAAACUGCUCAUAACAACGUAAGGCUCAGCCAUUUUGGAAGAUCUCAUUAGAGCAACCAAAGAAGAGUCAGAUGGAAAGUUAAAUCAGUCAGUGGCAGGGAAACAGACACAUAAACAACAGCAAUUUUAUGAGUCAGUUUGCUCAUGUUCCCAUUUUGACAGUAAAAGAAAUUACAAGCAUCAUAUUUUGAAACAAACAAGUUUGCUUGUUGUUAGAACAUGCUUUUCAGUGGAAACAUGAUGUGAAAGGACUGAAAGGGACAAAAAAACAUAUCUUAACCAUGUUACUUUGUUGAAAUUAGUUAUAUAAGUUAUGAAAGACGGAAAGUGGAAAUGAAUAAAAUAAUUUUAAUGAAUUGAUAUUGCUAUAAAGAAAGGUUUUGGCUAUAUACUCAAUUAGUGCAAGUUUAGCCUCGAGCAAGGCAUGGCUCUAUGGAUGGUAAUGGCAGUUGGUCGACCACAUUUGUUAUCCUAAUGACUUUGGGGAACCCUUGAUUUUUCCUCUAGCGUCACCAUGGGGCUGAAAUUUAUUCAGACUGAAAUGUCUCGACAACUAUUGGAUGGAUUGCCAUAAAAUUUGUCACAGACAUUAAUAUUAAACUUAGGUGAUCCUCUGACUUUUCAUCUAGCAACAUCAUUAGGUCAACUUUUAAUACCUACAAAACCAAUUACAUUCCCAUCAGCCUUGGCUGGACUCUGUUUUUAGUGCUAAUUAGCAGAUGUUAGCUUGCUUACACACUAAACUAAGAUGGUAAAUAUGGUAAACACUACACCUGUCAAACAUUAGCAUGUAAACAUUUCAUUAUAAGCUUGUUAGCAUACUAAAAUUAGCAUUUAGCUCUAGGCAAAGUGCCUACAGAGCAGCCUCACAAUCUAACACUACCACUAACCUGGACCCUUAGUCUAGUUAUAAUUGUAGGCCUAUGAAGACUGGAGACAGAACAAAAUUCCUCAGAAAAUUUACCCCCUAGUUGUGUUGAGGGGACUUAAAGUGGAUGAUUACAGUUCU